AUGCUGGUUAAUCUUCUCAACCUUCCUAAUAUGGCAAUUCGAGGCACCUUCAGCUCAUCUCAGGAUGCCUUCACCAUAAAUCUCAUUCCCCUCCUUCCAAGCAUUGCCACAAAGAUUCAAGAUUUCAGAAUGGUUUCCUUUUCCAAGAUUUGCUUCGCCGCAGUUUCUGCUGGCAGCGUCCUUUCUGCGCCUGCACCUCAUGGGCCUCUUACCAAGUUUGGCGAAUUGAAGAAGCUCCCCUCUAGCUGGGUUGCCGUUGGUGCUGCCGACAGCAAUGCUAUUAUCAAGGCUCAGAUUGGUAUCAACCCCAACUACGGCAAGUGGCUCUCCAAGGAGGAUGUUGACAAGUACACUGCUCCCGCUGAAGCCGAUGUCGCUGCCGUCAAGGCCUGGCUCGCCAGCUCCGGCAUCACCGAUAUCACCAUGCCCACCAAUGACUGGCUGGAGUUUUCCGUUCCCGUCUCCAAGAUGGAGUCCCUCCUCGGAAGCAAGUACGAGUGGUUCGUUCACCUCGAGACUGGCGAAAAGGUACCCCGUACCAAGGAGUUUUCGGUUCCCCAGAACCUUCAUAGCCUGAUUGAUGUUGUGACACCCACCACUGUUCUCUACCACAACAUCAAUCCUCACACCCACGACAGUGGGCUUUCUGCCGCUGCUGACAGCGCCACCAGCCCUGCCUCCAUCAAGUCGGCUUACAACGUCGACUACAAGGGCACCGGCAACACCCUCGUUGCCUCUACCGGAUUUCUUGGUGUUGGUGCUUCCCAUGCUGACUAUCUCAACUUUGGCCGUCAGUUUUCUCCCGGUCUAAAGGACUUCAAGGAUGUCAGCGUCAACGGCGGCAGCAACAGCGGCGACGGCAGCGCCCUCGAGGGUAACCUAGACACCCAGUACAUAGGUGCCCUGGCCUUUCCCAACCCCAGCGAGUACCUUGCCCACGCCCCCGAGGGCAGCGACAACGACUCCUUUGACGAUGCCUUGACUGCCUUUGGCAAUUACCUCAACUCGGCUAGCAACCCGCCUUCUGCCGUCUCCACCAGCUACGGUGGUGAGGAGGAUGGAGUCGAUGCUGGCUAUCUUGACCGCAUCUGCAACGAGUUCAUGAAGGCCGGCUCCCGCGGUGUCUCCAUAUUCUUUUCCUCUGGAGACAAUGGCGUUGGCGGCAACGGCGAAUCCAGCUGCCAGAACGGCUACUACCCUACGUGGCCGGCUUCGUGCCCCUACGUCACUACGGUCGGUGGUACCGAGUUUGACGCAUCUGGUCGCGAAGUUGUCGCCAACUUCCAGCAGUACAGCCCAAACAUCACAUCCCCCGGUGGCGGCUACUCCAACCACUUCCCUGCCCCUAGCUACAACAAGGGCGUCACCACUGCCUACGCCAAUAGCCUCAGCACCGCCCAGCAGCAGCGCCUUAAUGCUAACGGCCGUGGUUACCCCGACAUCUCCCUCGUCAGCGUCAAGUUCCAGAUCAACGUCAACGGCAAGGUUGGCCAGGUCGUGGGCACCUCUGCCUCGAGCCCCAGUGUUGCCGGCCUUGUCGGUCUCCUCAACGACUACCGUAAGAGCCAGGGCAAGUCCAGCCUCGGCUUCAUCAACCCCCUCCUCUACUCUGACAAGGUCAAUGCCGCCCUUCGCGAUGUUACCUCUGGGGCCAACUUUGGUUGCGACAGCAAAGGUUUUCCCGCCAAACCGGGCUGGGACGCUGCCUCGGGCCUUGGAUCUUUUGACUUUGGCAAGCUCCGUGCCCUCAUCUAG